UCGUGUGAACUUUUUAUUCUAUGAUUACGAAUUCUUUUUGCAUUUACAAAAAUCUCAAAAUAAACAAUGCCUGUUUCUACAGAAAAUUAUGACGAUGAAAUAGCUGAUGGCAAAAAUGUAAGAACAGUAAAAUGUUCUUAUUGCCAAUCAGUUAUUCUAUUGCCAUCCUCUGGAUCAUUUAUUAAAUCACAGUUUCAAUUACCGUUGAUGAAACAAAAUAAAACUAACGAUUUAGAUCCUAAAAACGAACUUAUCUCUUCGUUUUGGUGUGUCCCUGAUAUGUACACUUUUCAAAAUGUGGGCUUCUCUAAUACCGUUGGGACUACAAAGUUUUUGGCUUGUGCUGAUUGUGAAGCAGGACCAAUUGGGUAUCACGACUUGGAGAAUGGAAAAAGCUAUAUAGCCUUGCCUAGAGUGAGACAUUGUUGAUGUCUCAGUUAGAUAAUACAUUAAUUUUGUUUCUAUGUGAUAAAUUAUCAUUUUUGGUGUUCUAAUGUAUUAGUUCAAAUUGGGAGUAUCUAAGAAUACUGUAUAAUAUAAACUGAGAAAUAACUAUGGUAUUAUUUGUAGAUAAUUGAGUAUUGUGCAUGUUAAAUAAAUGAAAAAAAUAG